AUUUUGUUCAGGCCCAUAUAAAGAAAAACUUCACUCCUCAAUUUUCUUGGCAUUGUAGAAGAAAUGGUUGAUCCCGCUACUGCUACUAUGGCUAACAUUGUUGUUGGAGUGCCUUCUCUUUCUCUUCCUUCAUUAUACCUAACAAAUUCAAGUACUUUCACUCUCAACUCCAAAAUUAAGACCCAAAACCAUAAACUUCAUCUCAACUUCUCACAAACCAACCACACAACAAUCCCAUUUCCAUCAUCAGAAUCACUCAGAAGCAGACGUAGUUGUUCUGUGUUGGCUUGUCUUCCUCCUGCUUCUGAAUCCUCAUCUUCCAACACUACACCCUCUUCUACUUCUCCUUCAACUAGGCUAUAUGUCAGUGGGCUGUCAUUUCGUACAACAGAAGAGAGCUUGCGAAAUGCAUUUAAUAGUUUCGGUCAACUCGUGGAAGUCAAUCUAGUAAUGGAUAAAGUUGCGAAUAGACCAAGAGGGUUUGCUUUCCUUCGUUAUGAAACCGAAGAGGGAUCCAACAAGGCUAUAGAAGGAAUGCAUGGAAAGUUUCUGGAUGGUAGAGUCAUAUUUGUGGAAAUUGCCAAACCAAGAUCAAAGCUGACACAAAGAUUCAACCAGAACACUAUGUAGUGAUAGUAAAGUUCCAUACUACAUUAUUUACUCAUCUCAGCUUGCAAUAUGAAGAAUCAUAGUAAAAUUGGAUUAACUUUCUACAUUGUACUUUGAUACUGUUCAUAGUUUUCAAUUUAAAACCAUGUUAUAUGAAAUAACUUCAUCCGUGUCUUGUGUAUUUAUGUAAUAACUUUGGUUGUAAUUUUUAGAGAUGUUAAUUAAUGUAUUUGAAAUGUUGAUUUAAACUUUUUCCAGGAUAGUAACAUUGUCUUUUUGGUACCAAUCAUUGAGUAAAGAACACC